AUGAUACCUAAGCCCGACAAACGGAACCUAAGUGACCCGGGUGCCUGGAGGCCGAUCUCACUGCUGCCAUGCCUCUCGAAAGGCCUCGAAAGAGUCCUAGCAAGAAGGCUAGCAUACCAAGCGAUCGCCUCUGGUAUACUACCUGAAACACUAGCCGGAGCAUUGCCGAAGCGCUCAGCUAUCGAUAUCGUCGCCUCCCUAGUCUUUGACCUUGAGGAUCUUGCGUUCCGAAAGAAACUUGUGGCAACCUUGGUAACAAUGGACGCUAAAGGAGCCUUUGACGCCGUUCUGCGAGGCAGGCUAAUCAAACGGCUGCGCGAGCAAGGCUGGCCCACCUACCUUAUCAGAUGGGUAGACAGCUUCAUGACAGAAAGGAUGGCAAGAGUCCGCUUUGCAUCAACUACCACAGAAGCGGUUGAGCUCCUCUGCGGCCUCCCACAAGGCUCACCAAUCUCCCCUAUCUUAUACCUACUUUACAUUUCGAGCAUCUACAAUCUAGCCGGGGCGGACGCCCGCUACGGCUACGCAGAUGACACGGCAAUGCUUUUCGUAGGAAAAACCCUGAAAGAGACUUCGCAGCGUGCGGCAGCUGCGAUAGAGGACAUGGAGACAUGGGGCCGCACGUCCGCUAUUACCUUUGACCCUCGUAAGACCGAGAUCAUGCACUUUUCGAAGAGGCGGCGAAGAGAAGAGAUCCCUGACAUCCAGCAUGGAGAGAGGACAAUUGCGGUCUUAAACUCGAUAAGGUGGCUAGGAGUAUACCUCGACAAGACGCUAUUCUUCAAAGCGCAUAUACAGCAUUAG